GAGUUCUUGAACGCCCCCGACGAACCGAAAUCUAUGUCAUAACCUCUCAGAGGUUGCAACAAAAAAAACCACCUUCUUUCCUACUUGUUCAACCAGUAAUCUCUUGACCAUUAAUCUCCUUUCACAUCCUUCAAAACAUAAUAUCUUCUACUGUCUUCGGACUCUUUAACGUCUUCACUCCCUUGAUCGACCUCGUGUUCUCGUUCAGCUCCGAUCUCGAUACACCCCGAUUGCGUCACUCGAAACACACUUCGGUUCCGAUUGGCACUCAACGUAACGCUGGAUUUGCGCCUCGGAGGGAUCCAUAAACUAAGCAGAGGAGGUCCUCAAGGGACUGCUUCGGCAUGGGGUUUCUGCGGUGCGAGCGGCCGCUUUGGAGGAGAGAUGAUUUCACGCCAUGUGUAAACGAUUUUCUUCAAGUACUACUUCCUGCGGUUGCGGCCGGAGUUUCGGUGGCGGUAAUACUGUACUGGACCAUCCGACAGACGCUGAAAGCACGGCGCGAACGCGGAUAUGAGCGACUACCUACGUAUAACGGCAACACCACUAACGGUGCUCUUGGAGCGCUUGAUGAUGCGGAGACUGACGACGAUGAUGAUGAAUUCGCUGAACACUUGAGCCUGCGACAUACUAUCAGCCGUACUCCUAUGGAUCACCACCACUACAUCCAAGUCGACAAGCCGCGCGCCGAACUUGUCGCGGUGAUCUUUGAGCUGGUGUGCAUUGUCGGGAUCAUUGGUGCGCAUAUGGUUGGAUUCACCGAUGCUCCGGAUAGUAACUGGAUGACACUUGUGCCUGCGGUCGCCUGGGUUUACACCCUCAUUCUCGUGGUGAUUCGCCUCGUCUACUCCUCGGCCGAUACCGACGUUUCCGACCUCUGGGACCACACCGCGUGGUUGUACCUGUUCAAUUUCCUGUUCCUCAUCAUACCGUUCCGCUCGCAGCUUCUGCAUGGCGAACCUGGCCUACCGGAGGUGCUCAUGGUUGUGCGAUUCUCACUCGCGUCCAUCUUGUGCAUUAUUGCGGUGUCGGUGAGGAAAGGCGGUAGCGCCGUGGUUCAAGAUGUUACAGAAGGCCUUGAGCCUUCCCGGGAACCUUUGGCAUCCCUGUUCUCCCUAGCUUCGUUCAGCUGGGUGGAUGGGAUUGUCUGGCAAGGAUUCUGGAAACCAUUGGUUCUGGAGGAUAUCUGGAACCUCAGAAAUGAUGAUAUCGCCAUAUCCGUCUUGACAUCGUUCCGUCAGACCAAGAAAACGGCGUACCUCGGAUACACCCUGGUGAAGCAUUUCCAGCGCGAUCUGAUAAUCCAGGCCCUCUGGGCGGCAUUUGCAUCACUUUUCGUGUUUGCUCCCACGCUGCUGCUGCGGGUGAUCCUGGAAUAUAUCGAGGCUCCGGAAGACACACCCAAGAAUGUAGCUUGGCUCUUCGUCGCUCUGCUCUUAGUUACCGCUAGUAUCGUAGCUGUUGGCAACGGCCAGGCGCUGUUCAUUGGCCGGAGGAUCUGUAUCCGCCUUAGAGCUGUCAUCAUUGGUGAAAUCUACUCGAAGGCCCUCAGAAGGAAGGCAGCUGCUGGAGCCGAGAAGGAGCUCGGGGAAACUAAGAAGGAAGGUAAAGAUGAUGAGAAGGAUGAUGGACAGAGUAAUGCCGGUGCCAUCAUUACUUUGAUGUCGGUUGAUUCGUUCAAAGUUUCCGAAGUCUGCGCGUAUCUUCAUUUCCUGAUCGCAGCCGUUCCGGUUCAAGUCAUCGUGGCGGUGAUAUUACUGUACCAGAUCCUCGGCUGGAGCUCGAUCGCAGGUAUCAGUGUGAUGAUUCUUCUUAUCCCAAUCAACUACGCGAUUUCCACCAGGUUCAGCGUGAUCCAGAAGAAGAUUAUGUCUACCACCGACAAGCGAAUCCAUGCGACGAACGAGGUGUUGCAAAAUAUCCGGAUCAUCAAAUUCUUCGCCUGGGAGGAGCGUUUUGGCCACAUGGUCGGCGAAUCGAGAUCUGCUGAGCUGAAGCAACUUCGGAAUCGCUACAUCUUGUGGGCCAUUGCCGCUACCUCGUGGUAUGGUUCGCCGAUGAUCAUCACUCUGCUCAGUUUCCUGAGUUACACCGUCAUCGAAGGCAAGGAGCUGACCGCAUCCGUUGCAUUCACUUCACUGUCGCUUUUCAACGUCCUCCGGGUACCGCUGGAUCAACUCGCAGACAUGGUUACCAAUGUGCUUCAGGCGAAGGUAUCCGUGGACCGUGUCGAAGAAUUCUUACGUGAAGAUGAGACAGAGAAAUAUCACCAGCUUAAGCAUGUCGGGGACGAUCCGGACGCACCAGCCAUUGGAUUCGUAGAUGCAUCAUUUACCUGGGGCUCCAAGAAACAGGCUAUCGCCAAAGGCACAAGCAGCGGAUUCCAACUUCAGGACCUCAAUAUCGAAUUCGUUCCUGGGCAGCUCAAUCUUGUAGCCGGAGCCACUGGGUCUGGAAAAACCUCGCUUCUCAUGGCACUACUGGGCGAGAUGACCCAUCUGAAAGGAAGUGUGUACCUUCCCGGCCAGCAUAGUAGGGAAGACUUGACCCCCGACCCCGAGACCGGCCUCACUCAAUCCGUUGCGUACUGCGCACAACAGCCAUGGCUCGUCAAUGCUACAAUCAAGGACAAUAUUCUCUUCGCCAGCAAGUUCGAUGAGGAACGUUACAAUUUGGUACUCCAGGCCUGUUCCUUGGAACGCGAUCUACAGGUACUCGACCAUGGCGACGAGACCGAAGUCGGUGAAAAGGGAAUCUCUCUGUCUGGCGGUCAAAAGCAACGGAUUUCCCUCGCCCGUGCCCUGUACUCGUCCGCUGCCCAUCUGCUCCUCGACGACUGUCUCAGCGCUGUCGAUUCUCACACGGCAAAAUGGAUCUACGAACAUUGCAUUACGGGACCUCUCAUGCAGGACAGAACUUGCAUCUUGGUAACUCACAACGUCACACUUUGCAUUCCCAUGGCAAAGCACGUGGUCGUUCUGGACAACGGACGCGUUCUAGUACAGGGUGAUCCUGAAACAGUUGUCGAUUCCGGCGCGCUGGGAUCCGAUGAGCUUCUCAAAUCCAAUGCUCGUUCGCGCCCGCAAUCCCGCAUGCCAUCCCGCGUUCCGUCGUUCGACGGUCAAGAAGCGAUACUCGCAGCCGCAAAUGGUGCAGUGGUGCAGGACAAGAAACAGAAGGCUUCCACUGAGGAAACCAAAUCCGAAGGAAGUGUUGACUGGCACGUUUACGCUCUAUAUCUCGCUUCAAUGGGGCCCUGGUGGUACUGGGUUAUCGUCGUCGCCUCCCUUGUUUUGCAACAACUUGGAUCCGUGGCCACAAGCGUUUGGAUCCGACAAUGGGCAUCAAAAUACUCGUCGAGCUCCGUAGCGACGCAUGCGGCGAGUAUGAGCAUGAUGUCUACCGGUUACCCCGGAAGCUGCCUUGCCUUAGGCAGCUAUCCCUGGAUGUCACCUAUGCCUCAAAGCCCGGUUACCGUCAACUCGCAAAAUAGCGGGGAUGUGGACGUGUGGUUUUAUCUCGGGGGUUACGCACUUCUAUCUGCCAUUUACAUAUUCAUGUCGUUCAUUAGGGAGAUCACAGUCUUUGCUGGCAGUUUGAGGGCGUCCAAGACCAUCCAUGACACGCUUUUGCGCAACGUGAUGCGAGCAAAAGGCCGGUUCUUUGAUUCGACCCCUCUGGGAAGAAUCAUGAACCGCUUUUCUAAAGAUCUCGAAGCAGUCGAUCAGGAAGUUGCACCAGUUGCUCUUGGGAUGAUCCAUUCGCUUGGAUCAGUCAUUGCGAUUGUUGUCUUGAUCUCUGUCAUAACCCCGGGCUUCCUCCUAGCUGGAGUUCUCAUCUCCAUGCUGUAUGCGCUGAUAGGCGUCUUCUACCUCCGUGCGUCAAGGGACUUGAAACGAAUCGAAUCGAUCCAGCGCAGUCCCCUUUACCAGCACUUUGGAGAGACCCUCAGUGGAAUUUCGACCAUUCGGGCCUACGGCGAUGAGCGUAGGUUUGUGAGGGACAACCUUCUGAUGAUCGACAAACACAACAGGCCCUUCUUUUACCUCUGGGCAUGCAAUAGGUGGCUUGGGUUCAGAGUUGAUAUUGCAGGGGCUCUCGUCGCUUUCUUUGCCGGAGUUUUUGUGGUCCUCAACGUUAGCAACAUUAGUGCAGGUUCGGCCGGUCUCUCUUUGACAUACGCGAUCACUUUUACGGAAAACGUCCUCUGGGUCGUCCGGCUGUACGCCGUGAACGAGCAGAACAUGAACAGCGUGGAACGUGUAAGGGAAUACCUCGAGGUCGAACAGGAAGCACCGGAAAUCAUCGAAGAUAACAGACCUCCGACUUCCUGGCCAGAUCAAGGCAAAGUGACGUUUAAGAACUACUCCACGAGAUACCGACCUGACUUGGACCUCGUGCUCAAGGACGUUAGCUUCGAGGUCCAGCCCGGAGAGAAGAUGGGAAUAGUGGGAAGAACUGGAGCAGGCAAGAGCUCGCUCACGUUGGCGCUAUUCCGAAGUUUGGAGGCCGAGGGCGGAAAGAUUGAGAUCGACGGUAUCGAUAUCUCCACCAUCGGACUGCGUGAUCUGCGGCAGUCAAUCACGAUGGUACCACAGGAUCCUACUCUUUUCACCGGAACCAUCCGCUCGAACCUCGACCCGUUUGGUGUGCACACCGAUAGCGAAAUCUUUGCGGCACUGAAGGGAGUCCAGCUCAUCAGUGAGGAACCCGAACCUGCUGCUCCGGUUGCCGGAGAUGAUGCCACUGUGAACAAGAAUAUUUUCUUGGAUCUUCAAAGCUCCGUCUCCGAGUCGGGUAGCAAUCUAUCCCAAGGCCAAAGGCAACUCGUUUGUCUAGCGCGUGCCUUAUUGAGAGCUCCUAAGGUCCUCAUCAUGGACGAAGCGACUGCCGCCAUCGACUACAAGACGGACUCUAAGAUUCAAGAGACACUCCGCCACCUUCAAUCCACAACGAUAACGAUCGCCCACAGACUGGGAACCGUGGUUGAAAACGACCGUAUCGUCGUGCUCGAUCAAGGCCAAGUGAAAGAGUUCGGCAGGCCCUAUGAGCUGCUGCAGAAAGAGGGAGGUCUCUUCUACGACAUGUGCCUGUCCAGCGGCGAGAUGGAAGUGCUCCAGGAGAAAGCCAAGGAAUCUUACGAGGCAAAGAUGAAGCGAGGAGGUAUUGAGAGAUACUAGGCUUAGAGUAGAGGAGGAAGAGGGGUUUCAUCUACCAAUAUCUCAAGUUUCUCCCUUGACCAUUUGUAGAAAUUGCUGGUGGCCCCAGAGGUUUCUGGCGUUUUGUUGAUGCUUCUGUUCGUUUUUUUUGUACAUUUUUCUGAGGAUUUUACGUCAGACUUUCUUUUGACAUGUUUUUUCUUCUCUCGGUUCGAUUGCAUUGUUUGUGUGAUCGGCAAGAUUUCACGGAGAGUGCUUAGGGUAAGAAGCACGUACUGCAUAGGUAGUCAAGAUGAGCAGGAAUGAUGGUAUCGAUGCAGCAUCUCGCACUGUACUUAAUCACUUACGCAUGAUCGGUUUCUCAACAUGGUG